GAUAGAGAGUGCUGUGCUCAAAACUUCUAGGGAAUUAAUCAGUUUUAUCUGACCAUCAUAGUUAGGUAAGCUCUAGGCCUAUACGCUUCUGUAUGGCAUAGAACGUUGGACGAUCGAAUCAUUCAUAUAGUGGUAAAGAUCAUGGAAAAGGGGCUUCGUGUGGUCCGUGGUCCCGACUGGAAAUGGGCCAAUCAGGAUGGCGGAGAAGGUCACGUGGGCACCGUCAUUCGUACUGGGGGUCCCAUGGGCAUGUUGGGUCUACUGUUAGCAGACAAAGUUGUUGACGUGCUGUGGGACUCGGGUUCACGUAAUACCUACCGUGUGGGUGCCGAGGGGGAAUUUGAUCUGCGUGUAUUGGACAAUGCACCCAUCGGAAUGAGACAUUCAAACAUCACUUGUGAUUCGUGUGGAACUAGUGGGGUUUAUGGAAUGAGGUGGAAAUGUACCAGAUGCUACGACUUCGACUUGUGCAGUAUUUGUUACAUGGCCGACAAGCACGAGCUGUCUCAUCCAUUUCAGAGGUUUAACACACCUUCUUCCAAUGGAUUCACGGUGCCCAAAAGGGAGGGGGGAUCAAAGGUAGAAGCGAAGGGAAUCUAUCCUGGCGCAAAGGUUGUCAGGGGACCAGACUGGGAAUGGGAAGAUCAAGACGGUGGUAAAGGUGGUAAGGUGGUAAACGUCAUGAAUUGGGGCACAGACACCGGGCGGAGCGGCGUCAGUGUCGUCUGGUCCUCGGGGUCGAAAAAUAAUUACCGGGUGGGUUACAAAGGUAAAGUGGACCUGAAGUAUGUGCAGGAGGCCUCGGGUGGCUUCUACUACAAGGAUCAUCUACCCGUGUUAGGUAAGGUAAAUGAGGCUGUGUCAUCCAGUGGAGAGUUCAAGGUCGGUGACAAAGUCAGAGUUGGCCUAGAUGUAGACGUAGUGAAGGUCAUGCAGGAAGGUCACGGCGGUUGGAUACCAAAUAUGGCAAAGCACUUGGGGCAGGUAGGAACUGUUCACCACAUCAUGGACAAUGGUGAUGUCUGGGUACAGUAUGACAAGUGGACAAAGUUCCGCUUCCAUCCAGGUGCUUUGAACAAGGCUCAGAUGUUCUCUGUUAAUGAUAUUGUACGAAUAUCAGGCGAUGUGAACAAAGUGAAGAAAGAACAGAAAGGCCAUGGAGGAUGGAAUGGUUUAAUGGCAGUGGCAUUGGACGAGGUAGGACAGGUGAAAAAGGUGGAUGGUGACGGCGAUGUACACGUGGAGGUGAACGGAAUGACGUGGUGUUUCAAUCCGUCGUGCUGUACCCUGGUACGACACGGUGACCAGGACACCAGCAACACCCAGGAUGACGAUGAUGAUGGCGACACAGAUCUUUUUUCGGGACUAAUGAGCUUAUUCAUGAGGGAUCUUCGUAGGCUUGGAUCGGGCCAAGAUGAUCUGGUCAAGGAGGCUGCAGAAGGUCACACCCAGGCCGUCCGUGAUAUCCUCACAAAUUUCCCGGACAAGGUGGACAAGAAGAGCUCCAAUAAGACUGCCCUACAGGUGGCCAGUCAUCAGGGUCACAGGGAAGUGGUCCUGGUACUUCUGACCGCUGGUGCAAAGCUGGAGUUACGGGAUGAAGAUGGGGACACUGCCCUUCUCUACUCAAUCUAUGGCGAUGAACCAGAAAUAACAGAGCUGCUCCUAGAGAGGGGUGCAGACAGAGAUGCGGUUAACAAUGCUGGAUAUAGCGCCCUGCAUUUGGCUGUUAACAAGCAACUCCUGAAGUGCGUCAAAGCUCUUCUCAACCACAAGUGCAAAGUCAACACUCAGGACUCUGUUGGGGACACACCGCUUCACGACGCCAUUCGUAAGGGCAAUAGAGAAAUCAUAGACAUGAUAGUGAACUAUCCAAGCACCGACUUCACUGUACAAAACAAGAAUGGCUUCAACGUUCUACACGUUGCAGCAAAAGAGGGAAACAACUUUGUGAUCGAGAAAGUAUUACGGAGAUGUCGACAAAUUGUUGACAUCCAGAAGGAGGAUGGAUUUUCUGCCCUUCACUUAGCAGCACUGAAUGGCCACAAGCAAACUUGUGACACGUUGCUGACUGUGGGUAAAGCGGACAUCGACAUUAGAAACACCAAAAAACACACACCUCUCAUGUUGUCUGUGAUCAAGGGCCAUACAGAUAUCAUAGAGUUCCUCGUUACCAAAGGCGCCGACCUGAAUGUUGAAGAUGAAGACGGGGACACCUGUUUGCACCUGACGCUGAUGCGAAAGUCCGUUGUUGAGAAGUUAGAAAGCUCACCGUUAGUACGGGCCAUUCAUGGUCAGCUCAGCAUGAGUCAAGAUGAAAGUAAAAUGUGUGUCGCUACGGCCUGCUUUCUUGCCCAGCAGGGCGCCAGCCUCUCCCACAUGAACCACCAGGGCAAGUCACCCCUAGAUCUAAUUGAUGAUCCACAUAUCAAGGGAUUGAUCGUACAGUUUUCUUCAACACACUCGACUCAGGUUCAGGUGCCACAACGACAGGCUGAAACAACGAGCAAAGGGGGAAGCGCCAAAGCACAUGUGCCAUCCACCCCCCAGCCAACCCCACCGAAGCCCUCAGAUUCUGCAGCCAUUGAACGUACUGAACACAUAAGUGAUGAGACUGAUGCAGACAUCUGCCUGUACUUCAUCAGUGGACGAUGUGCCUUUGGAGAAGACUGCCCAAAUCACCAUCUGCUACUACCCUACGUGUGGCAGUACAAAACGUUGCAACGUGGGGUGAAAUGGUGCUCCUUCAGCGAGGAUAAUGUUCAGCUACUUGAACAGAGCUACUCCAGAGUCAACACUGGAUCGUGUUCUGUUAUUGUUGAAGGUCAGAUGUUUUCGGUAGACCUUGAUACAAUGACAGCCAAAACUGACGAUAUGAGCAUCCCAGUUCGUCGCCUGUCUACAGUCUCAUACGUAAGCGGAGAUGACCAUGAGCGCUUUCUCACUCAGUGGACGUGGUACUGGGAGAGUGAUGACGGCUGGGUACCGUGUGGUCAAAAGGAAAAGCAAAAGGACAAGAGGCAGGUUACUAAGCUGCAGACUGAACUAGAACAGGCCUAUUGGUGUAAUUCCAGUGUCAUGACUGAGGAGAUCAUCGAAAUCGACAGCGUUCGUUAUGAAGUUGACUUCGCCAAUCUGAAACAGAGAAAUUGUCAGUCAGACAAAGAGACACGUUUACGACGACGCCCAGCCUACAUGGGCCCUGAAGAUGUGAAGAAAGCUAUCAGGCUGCAUGAGAAGGCCAAGAAGGAAGCUACGACUUCCACGAACAUACCUGUUGAGUGGGGACCAAUGGGCACCUAUGACAUGAAAAUAGUGAACAUCCCUUCCUCGUCGGACAAGUUUGCUACAGUAAAGGAUGUUUUUCUCAUGACAAUGCCCAACGCCUCCAUUAUCUACAUAAAGCGCGUACAAAACCCUUCCCUGUGGUUGACGUUUCAAAUGAAAAGCAAUAUAAUGAAGCGUAAGUACGAAGGAGGAACAACUAACGAGAAGAAGUUAUUUCAUGGCACUUCGCCAGGAGCUGUCGACCCCAUCUGUGAACAGAACUUUGACUGGAGGCUGUAUGGCUCAGCUGUUGGGGCCUUAUAUGGCAAUGGGGCUUACUUUGCUGUGGAUGCCAGCAAAUCUAACCAUUACGCAAAACCAGAUCAACACGGUCAUCGCUUCAUGUUUUACGCCCGCGUGCUGGUCGGUAAAACUGCAAAGGGGCAAGAGAAAUUGAGGCGUCCACCCCCUUUGGAUCCGGGAAAACCCAACCAACUGUUCGACUCCUGCACGGACAAUCCACAAAAGCCUAGCAUCUUUGUCCUCUUUGACAAGGACCAGUAUUACCCAGAAUUCCUUAUCUGCUACAAAUAUUAAAGAGGCUAUUUGAUGGUAAUCAAAUUUCCUCAAUGAUGCAAAUUGCUUUUUAUCUUCACAUGUUUGACACAGUUUGCACGAUUUUCCUUUCAAAGUUAAUUUCAGUCUUGAAGAUGGUUUUGUCGAAGGAUGUAAAUUGAUAAUUUGCAUAACAACAUAUUAAGUCAUAUACUCUUACAAGUUUAGUUGCACCAGACUGUUGACGUCAGUGUUUGAGACUAAUCAUAUUGUAUUGUUUUAUUGUUUUCUUUGACAAUUUUUUGGUUUAUCUACAAAAUUGUUUUUUUCUGUCAUUUAUAUUUAAUACUGUACUUUGCUAAUUUUUCUUCUUCUCUAUUGGACUGGAUAUUUCGUUUAUCAAAUAACUUAUAACGUAUGGAAAUUGUCAACAGCCUUGGGGUGAAAAGAGAAGAUUUGUCAGUAGGUUAAUCUGUUUUUUGUUGUUUUUUUUUUUUACAUCAGUUGGGAUUUUUUGUAAUAUUCCCCAGAAUUUGUUUGUGCGUAUGUCGAUCAUGUCCCACAUGCUUGUGUCUUUUCUCCAGUGGUUUGUUGCCCUCAUGCCUUGUCCCCGGAUUUUGUAUCAAUUAUCCAUCCCGUCUCAUGUCCCUAGAUUCUUGUGUCGAUUACCUUGAUGUCACCAGGUUGCUGUGCCAGUUAUCCAGUAUGGCCUACCUUAAUGUCGUCAGGCUGCUGUGUCAGUUAUCCAGUAUGCCUACCUUGAUGUCACCAGGUUGCUGUGCCAGUUAUCCAGUAUGCCUACCUUGAUGUCAACAUGCUGCUGUGCCAGUUAUCCAGUAUGGCCUACCUUGAUGUCGUCAGGUUGCUGCGUUAAUUAUCCAGUAUGGCCUACCUUGAUAUCAACAGGCUGCUGUGCCAGUUAUCCAGUAUGGCCUACCUUGAUGUCACCAGGUUGAUGUGUAAGUUAUCCUGUCGGACUUAGCUUGAUGUCAGCAGUUUGCUGUGUCAGUUAUUCAGUAGGACCUACCCUGAUGUCGCCAACUUGCUGUGUCAGUUAUCCAGUAGGGUCUACCUGGAUGUCACCAGAUUGCUGUGUCAGUUAUCCAGUAGGGUCUACCUUGAUGUCACCAGGUUGCUGUGUCACUUAUCCAGUAGGGUCUGCCUUGGUAUCGCCAGGUCAUGUCUCCAGACUGCUGAGUCAGUUAUCCAGUAGGGCCUAUCGUGAUGUCGCCAUAUUAUGUCUCCAGAAUGGUGUGUCAUUUAUCCAGCAGGGGCUACCUUGAUGUCGCAAUCUCAUGUCCCCAGACUGCUGUGUUAGUUAUCCAGCAGGGUCUACCUUGAUGUCGGCAGGUUCCUGUGUCAGGUAUCUAGUAGGGCCUACCUUGAUGUCGGCAGUUUGCUGUGUCAGUUAUCCAGUAUUGCCUACCUUAAUAUCGCUAUGUCAUGUCCCCAUACUGCUGUGUCAGUUAUCCAGUAGGGCCUACCUUAAUAUCGCCAUGUCAUGCCAGUAGGGUCUACCUUGAUAUGGGAUGGAGCUGGACUCAUAGCGGCCGCAUUGGUCUCUUGGGUCAUUGCGCCGCGCUGGCAUGCCAACCACCUGGGCCAAAGAGACCGUCGUCAUCAUUUGUCGUUGCUACCAUAUUGAGAUGUGGCAAAUGGAAGCUUUUGAGGUGUUUCGUUCAGAACAAUACAAUGCUACAGCACUUUUUCCUUGGCUUGGAUGCAUGACAACAUGACAUGGAAUUCUGCAUAAACCUUUCUCCAUGGAGGGGCUUCGUCAUUCCUGAUUGUCCGGACACAGAUCAGUUUCGUUCGUGGUUGUUCAUCACAAUAUCACAUGUCAUUUUGGACGUGAACGACAGAAACUUGACAUGGGCUACCUAUUCUACCGAUCCAUCUUCUCCACACCCUUCUUUUGACUUUUAUGACGUAUAGGCCGUUUCUGGAUCUACGCACUGCGACGUAGCCAACAACAACAAACUCCGACGUUUUGGAUGGUGGAGUUUUAUAGGCACAGCGUCAAUGGCAAAUCAUACACCGAUAUGCCCUUUAUAAACAAUGUCUAUACAGGUGUCAGCUGUGACUAGUGUGUACCUCACAGCUCGCCCGCACACGUAAAGCCACGUGUGUAUUCCACACGGUGAAAGCAUACUAGACCCAAAUUCACGACAAGGCAAAUAAUUUCAAAACAAAUCAGUCAUUAGGCUCUUCUUUUCAGGUUUAACGCACAUGCGUCAUCCAUGAACGACAAUUUUGGCAAGACCUAUAACUGUGGUGAAGGCAAAAUGGCUGCUGCUUCUGCGAUGGUAGUUUUAUUACAGAUGACAUAUGUACUGACGAUCACUGGCAUGUAGUUUUAUUACAACUCAGACCCGGUAGUCUCGGCUUGACGUGCUGAUAAUAACCAACCCUUGCCAAGCUCUGUCCCUUCUGACUGUAGUCUGGCUGAAAAGCGUCACAGGCCAAUUAUAUAAAGUGCCUUUACAGAGUGUGACAUCGCAUAAUAAAUAUGACACCUCAGUCUCCGCUUGUUAUGCUUAUUGAUUGGUAACCCCUUCGCCAUUCUUAAAAUCGUUGAUCAUUUUGGCUAGAAUAGCACUUUGUUCAUAAUGCGCAAAUCACUGCUUAAAUGAUUACCCAGAAGCCAAAUAUAUCGUUUAUCAAACCUAAUUAAAUUUUCCAAAUCAGAGUAAUGCUACAAUAAUAAUUAUGAGUGCCAAGAUAUAUAUAUCCUUUGGUCAGAUUGGUGAACCCUUUUGUGAAUAGAUCACUGACUAAUCAAGUCACAUAAUGCUUGCACGAUUUAUCGAUUUGAAAACAAAACUGAAGUUUACAUGGCGUCAUGUAUCCAAAACUGACACGACAUGAGAGCAUUGUUUCAAUACCUAAUUCAAAUAGACUCGGUAUAUUUUCUCCUUCAAAAAUUCAGAAAAAGAAGUAUACAUAUCUGAAAAAGUUUACCAUACCAUACCUGGUGUUCCAACAGGAAUAGGUUGACAAUAUGCUGAAAGCAAAAAUACGGAUAUAUAGGUUAUCUCCAUGUACUAGAAAUAACAUAUUCCAAGUGUCAAUGCAACCAUUACAAAUUUAGAUGUAAUAAAUAAGCGUUAGCGGACUGUUAUUCAAAUUUAAAGAGUAAAAUAAAAUGAAAUUAUGUUAUAAUACGCCUUAUAGUCUCACUCUUUUAAGAGGGAGCAAACCUAACAAACUAAAGUCUGCUUACAUUUUAAAACAGGACCUAUGAUUUUUAAUGCACUGUAUAUGUAAUACAACUUCGUGUUGGUUGCGUUCUCGCUAAAGCUUAAUUCCACCACAACGAUGCUACACAGUUAGAACACGUUUCUGGCACCAUCUCCUGUAAAGCCGGAUUUAGCAGCUGCUCUCUACAAAGACUAACUAAAGUUCACUUUGCAAUGAUUUGUGUAUACAAUUGAGGAUUUAGAUUGGUACUUGACCUCUGAACUCUCCAACUAUAUAUAAGUAUAAGUUUUAAACAUAGCUGCCUUUCA